AUGGGAGCAGAAAACCAUACAGGAGUAUCACAAUUCCUCCUCCUGGGCCUCUCAGAUGAUCCUGAACUGCAGCCCCUACUCUUUGGAGUGUUACUGUCCAUGUACCUUGUCACUGUCUUUGGGAAUCUUCUCAUCAUUCUGGUCAUCAGCUCUGACUCCCAUCUCCACACUCCCAUGUACUUCUUCCUCACCAACCUGUCUUUUGUUGACAUCUGUUUCGUCUCUACCACUGUCCCGAAGACGCUUGUGAACAUUGAAACACAGAGUAAAGACAUCUCUUAUAUAGGAUGCCUCACUCAGUUGUAUUUUUUUAUGAUUUUUGCUGUAAUGGAUAGUUUUAUUCUAACUGUAAUGGCCUAUGACCGGUUUGUGGCCAUCUGCCACCCUCUGCACUACACGGUCAUCAUGAACCCACGCCUCUGUUGCCUCCUGGUUCUGAUAUGUUGGUUCAUCAUUUUCUGGGUUGCCCUGCUUCAUAUUCUACUGAUGAUGAGGCUGACCUUCCGUCUUGGCACUGAAAUUCCACAUUUCUUCUGUGAACUGGCUCAGAUCCUCAAGGUGGCCUCCUCUGACACCUUCAUCAAUAACAUCUUCUUGUUAGUGGCAACUGCGCUGCUGGGUGUGUUUCCCCUCACUGGAAUCAUCUUCUCUUAUUCUCGAAUUGUCUUUUCUUUAAUGAGAAUCUCCUCUGCCAUGGGAAAAUAUAAAGCAUUUUCCACCUGUGGGUCUCACCUCUGUGUGGUGUCCUUGUUCUAUGGGACCAGCCUGGGGGUCUAUCUCACUUCUGCUGUGACCCAUUCUCCCCAGAGAAGCUCCACUGCCUCAGUGUUGUACACUGUGUUCACCCCCAUGCUGAACCCCUUCAUUUACAGCCUAAGGAACAAGGAUAUGAAGGGGGCUCUGGGAAGGCUCCUCAGCCGAGUUGCCCCUUGUCCAUGA